UAAAAAUUCUAUUUCUUUUCUCAAGAACUGACAUUUCUCAUAGUUCAGUUCGAAUCAGUGAUGCCAGAAUGGACGCGCUUUUUAGCGCAUGCGCGUCGAUUUGAGGCUCACUGAAGUACCUACUACGGACAAAUAGGUGUAUCGCUAGUCGCCCGUAAGAAAUUUUCUUGAAGAAAAUUCUAAAUGAUAAUUUUUUACCGGCGGUAGACCGUUUUAACACCGACACAUCUUUCUGUCUGCAUAUAACUAUACUACAUUAUACAUAUUAAUAUAUAAAAAAACAUCUAUCCUCCUGUACGACGACGGCCGAUGAGUUCAGACAGGUCUUGCGCCCAUUAUACCAAUACUGACACGCCACUGGAUAUCUGCCAUUUCUACUGCGCAUGCGCUGAAAAGCGCGUCCAUUCUGGCAUCACUGGUUCGAAUCCGUAUUUUUUCAGAGUCCGAAGGACCGUUUCGACAUCUUCAAGACUUCGGUCGACCGCGAGGCUAUUACACGUCGUCCAUGUACACGAGUACUUUAUCGUCGCGGAGAAGCGGGUUAAGUAUUUGCACCAGCCGCUUCUGGAACUCCGCGGGCGAUUCGCAAAAACCAAAAGGUCUAAGAGUGUGAAAACGGACCUGUCGGUUAACCUAGCCAGGCACUCUUCAAUAACUGGGAAAGGGUAUCGCUGCCGCUCGACUCGUGCGUUUAGCGGUCUCAAGUCGACUCAGAGUCGCAUUUGCCCGCUCCUCUUACGGACUGGCACUACCCCUAGCACAGUACGGGGAAGUGCUAGUUUUCACGAUUCCGCGAGCCAGCAGGUCAUCUAUGAUGGCCCUGAUUUGGAGACGUUCCGCGUAGGCAAAUCGCCUCGGUGAGAAGGAAUAUGUCGAGUUGUCUUUUAGCCGGACCUGAACUUCAUAAUCGUCCUCUACCGGUCCGUACUCAGUUUUGUGGACGCCUAUUAUUAUGUCCUUCAACCGUUGCUGAUCUCUGUAUUCUAAAUCUCUGACUUUAUUUUCUAGUGUUUCCUCUAAGGCCUCUGGAAACUUCGACUCGACAUACAAGGGCAAUUGGGCAAACAACCUAACGCUCUCCUUCUCACCUUGGCUCGACGGUUUAAAAAUCAAGGGCUUCCUGUAUCGACCAAUGCUAGCAAGUUACAUCGCUCACCAUUGAUGUCUUCUACUCCUACCAGAGGAUCGGUGA